AUGACGGAAGCUUUACCCCCUCCCCGGAUCUCAUUGCUCGUUCACGCCCCGGCCUCAUCCCUCGUGCCCGUCCUAACGGACCUCCUCGAGCCCUCGCCUCCUCUGACCCAACUCCUCGUUCCGCAACUACACGCCUCCUUCUCCCAUCCUUCCCCACCUUCAACCUACCGUGAACUCUUGGAACGAGCGGCCUCGAUCGUCGAGUCGUGGGACGUGCAGGACCAGGCCGAGUUCUUGGCCAGUCAUCCGAGGAUUGGAGAGACAAUCGGGUUGAGUUCGUUCAGCGGCAAGGAACAGGCUCCCGCUCAGGGCGCAACACCGGGCGAAGUACUCAAGAGGCUCAGUGUAAGUAUACGCUUUCCGUUUCCUUCGAUCGAGUCUCGUCCGAAUGCAAGCACCUCGGAUUGGGGACCGACUUUUAGGGGCUCGGCAAUCCCUCAAAGACCGAGACGGCCAUCUCGCCCAAGAGGAACUCGAAGCCGCCAGACGAGCCGUUGCAGCAGCACCGAGUCGUGAUGCCGAGCCAAUCAGAGAUAUGCUUUAGUGCACCGAACACGCAUGACCUGUGCACCCAGGCAAAAUCUGCUCUUGAAGAACAAAGCUCGACCACGGCCUUCGGACCAUCCCCCCACAUUUCCGAAGCUGAAUCGAGCCUGACCGAUACCCACUAUUUUUCCGCCUUGCUCCACACAGAUGCUCAACUCGCUCUACGAAGAGGCCUUUCCCGGUCUUCGCUUCGUCACCUUCGUCAACGGCCGACCACGAGCCGCGAUCGUGCCCGAAAUCGAGGUCAGUCGCUCCCCAAAAAAUCCCACUUGUACCCAUCCCAAGACGAUCUUAUUCACCCGUCUUACGUAAUCCCACUCCACAGGAAAAACUCGACCUCGUCCUCCCCGAACCUUCCCCUUCGACCCCCGAACCUCGUCUCUUCUCCCUACAAGAAAAGAUCAAGACCCACGUCGUUGGGUCCAAAGCAUGGAGGGACGAACUACGCCGCGGGCUUAAGGCCAUGUGGGACAUCGCGCAGAGUCGAUUGGUCAAGAUGGGCGUCGAAUGA